AUGGACAACCACACGGACAACCACACGGACAACCACAUGUUGGACAACCACAACAACCAAAUGGUUCCAAAUUCACCACCUCCAACAACAAGUAGUCUCGUUGUCAACAAUUCGACGUCGAAUGGUCAUCAUCAUCCUCCAUUGUCCAUCACCAUUCCAUCCUAUGCUCAAACCAAUGCCAUCAUCAUUUCGAACAGUAGUACAUCGACGAUUCCAAGUUCUCAUCAACAACAACAACAACACAUGAUGAUCACAAUGAACUCUUAUAACAAUAACAACAAUAACAACAUGAACAACAAUAAGCGUGUCACCAUUUCCUCUCCGAUCACUCGACAACCACCACAAGCACAACAGUCUUCCACUCUUUCCAAUGUCGGUGGUGCUCACAUGGCCAGUGAAUCUGGUAAAUCUGGAUCCUUCAGUCACACCACAAAAAUUACCAUUCACACCUGUUGUGGUGUCGUUGAAUUCACAAGUAUGAAAUUAUUGAGUUUAAUUGGAAUGUUAGUCACAGUGUUGGGUUUAUUGGUAUUGGCAGGUGUCGCAGUUGCGUCGUUCAUUAUUGUUCAAACCAAAUCGACAGAUAUUUUGAUUGCAGUUGAUAAAGUGAGUUCCACUUUCGAAACUGCCAAUGCUCUCGUUUCGAAGAAUACCUAUCUUGCUGCCAUGCGUUCCGAUAAGAAUGGUCACAUUUUGGUGGAGCCAGAAGUUCCCUAUUCCAUUGUGACCGCUCAAUACAAGAAUUUGACUCAAACCAUGAAGGAUAAUUUGAAUUUUAUUUUAAAGUCUUUGGAUGAUCAGACAGUCUAUUCCAUGUUCAAUACGACAUCGAUUGAGGCGAGUAAUGCUCUCGAUUCAGCCAACUCUCAAAUUCUUCUCUUUCUUACGUUUAAUCAGAGUGACAAUGCCAUGCGAUACAUUAGUGCAGAUUCCUAUACCAAUGCUUUGAAUACUUUUAAGAGUGGUUUGGAUCAAUUAUUGACUUUUAUUCAAAAUAAGGAGAAACAAAAGGAUGGCAAUGUGUUGGGUAUUACUUUGGUUCAAUUAAUUGUCAUUGUGGUGUCACUUGUCAUUGUGUUGCCAAUUAUUAUCUUUGUCUUUUCCUAUGCCAUUAAUAGAGAUUCUUUGUAUAUGGAAAAGAUUCGACGUGCCAAUGCCAUUAUGCUCAUGGAUACCAUGGAAGAUGAUAAUUUGAGAGCUCUCUUCAAGUUACAUUGUGAAAAGGAGAAGAGUAUUGAAAACUUUUUAUUACUCGAAAAGAUUCAAUACUAUCGAAGUUUGUGUGAUCGUUCGAUAGAAUUGCAAAUGAAAUUAUUUGGUGAGUCGAAUGUAGUGAGUGAUGUCUCGAGUGAUAUUUCUGGAGAUUCACAACCACAAACAACAGCAACAACAAUGGGAGGAGCAUCAAUCACAUCAGCCACUGCAGGACACUCUGGUCAAUCUGGACAAUCAAAGAAAAAGAAGGAAUCUCCACUCGAACGUGAAUAUUCAGAUGUAGAAUCGAAAAAGUAUGAAGUCGCUUUUGAGAUUUUCACUGAUUUUAUGGAAGUGGGAGGUGAUAUGGCUGUCAAUAUUUCACAAUCACUCACAGAAUCUGUCAAGAAUACUCUCGAUCGAUACAAUGACAAACAAAUUGAUACUCUUCCAGAAGAUAUGUUCAACAUGUUGGAGAAGGAGACUUGUGUGGUCAUGUUGGACACUCAUCACCGAUUCAAACAAAGUUUGGCAUUCCAAAAAGAAAUGAAGAUUGACAAGAUUAAGGUUGAAAAAUUGAAGAAGAAGAAGCAUGCGGAUUUCUAA